UGUGCUAAGACCUAAAUAAUUUUUCAAAAUGGUUAAAGAAAAUUAUACAUGGGACUUUGUACAAAAGCAUUUUGGUGAUCUUCAGAAGUUGAGGACUGAACUCUGGGAUGUUGAUAUGAAAUAUUUGCAAUCGAAUCUAAUGCUUCACGCAACAUUAACUUUUAUGAUUCAUGAAAUGAUCGAACUGAGACCUGAAAAUAAAGUUCAUUUUGUCAUUGAUUUGUAUGGCCCUGUAAAAAUGAAGGAUACUCAGAGAAAGGUUACAAUAAUGUACAAGAAAUUUCUCGAGGAGAGCCGUCGUGUUUUGAGUGACGAAGAUGAGCGUAAUUUAUAUGAGCAUGUUUAUCUUAAUUUGGAUGAUUUCGUUGAUCCGGAUAUAUCGUGCCCAGAUCCAAAUGAGGAAGAAGAGCAAACGGAAGAAGGUCUGGGAGAGGGAGAGGCAGAGGGAGAAUACGAGGAGGAAAUGACUGAGGAAGAAACUUUGGGUAUAAACACAGAAGCGGCAACAUCUCUACUCACAGAAGCGGUAGAAGCGGUAGAGAAUCUACUUGGAGGAACGGCUAGAACUUUUUAAAUGAAAAUUUAAGUCAAGUUUUAAAGUUCACGUAUUCAAAAAAUCAAACCGUACUCCAAUAAAACUUUCCAAAUCCGAUGAUCAAAACAAAGAUGUUUAAAAUUGAUUCAAAAACAUUUAUAUUAAAUGAG